AUGGGGAUGUUUAAAGAUUUCCGAAUAUUCUCAUUGCCUGGUGGUUUUGCUCUUACAGUACUUUUAGUUCUUGGAAAUGCCCAGGAUCAUCAAACAGGCUUCAUAAGCUUAGAUUGCGGACUGCCGGUGUAUUCGAGCUAUAGCGACCAGACGACCGAUAUACAUUACACUUCGGAUGCCAGCUAUGUAAACACCGGCGAAAUUAUGAAUGUAUCGCCUGAAUUCAAAACAAAUGUCGACGUUCGUCGACAGCUAUGGACUGUCAGAAGCUUUCCUGAUGGAGACAGAAACUGCUACCACAUUAGACUUACAGCAGGCGUGAAGUACUUGAUCCGUGGGACUUUCAUGUAUGGGAACUACGAUAAGAAAGAUGAAUUACCUGUGUUCGAUCUACAUAUUGGACCUAAUAAGUGGGAUUCCUUGAAAUUUGAGAGUGCGUCCGCUGUUAUCAACAAGGAGAUCAUACAUAUCCCAUCAUCGAAUUACAUCCAUGUUUGCCUCAUCAACAAGAACUCCGGAACGCCGUUCAUCUCCGCACUAGAACUGAGGCCUUUGAGAAAUUUCACUUAUGUGUCUGAAUCGGGUUCACUGGCACUCGUUACACGGACAGAUACUGGUGCAACUAAGAGCCAAACAUUCAGGUACAAGGACGACAAAUUUGAUCGGAUUUGGACGACUGAGACUUUCAGUGCGUGCACAUCGUUAAAUACAUCGCUCAAUGUCAACGCCGAUCAGAAUGAUUACGAACCGCCAUCGGUUGUCAUGAGCACUGCUGCGUCGACAAAAGAUGCAAAUACUUCGUUGGAUUUCUAUUGGGACGCCCCUCCUAAUGAUAACUCUGGAUAUUAUAUCUACAUGCACUUCGCUGAGGUUGAAGAACUCGCCAAAGUCAAGCAAUACAGAGCAUUCAUUGUCACCAUAAAUGGAAACUUUUGGCACGGACCUGUAGUUCCCGAUUAUCUAUUGGAUUCUACUGUGUCCAGCCAAUCCGCCCUGACAGGAGCUGGAAAAUAUAGUGUUUCACUCAAAAGAACUGAAAAUUCUACUCUUCCACCGAUCAUCAACGCCUUUGAGAUUUAUAAAGUGAUAGAACUACUACAAAACGAGACAGACCAGGACGAUGUUGAUGCAAUUAACAACACCAAGUUAACGUAUGGAGUGAAAAGAAAUUGGCAAGGAGAUCCAUGUUUUCCUGCAGCGUACGUGUGGAAUGGUCUUGAGUGUUACUCUCACAAUAAUACGGCAAGAAUCACAUCCCUGAACUUGUCCUCGAGUGGAUUAAACGGGAGGAUUAUUGCCCCUUACAUAUCCAAUCUCACGAUGCUAGUAUCUUUGGAUCUAUCAAACAAUAGCUUAAUUGGAUCCAUACCAGAUUUUCUAUCACAAUUGCCAUCGCUGAAGGUUUUAAAACUGGAAAAGAACAAUCUCAAAGGUUCCGUUCCAGUUCAACUUAUUGAAAAAUCAAAGAACCGAUCCCUAUUACUCAGCGUGGAUCCAAACCUAUGCUCAUCGGCUUCGUGCGGAAAGAAGAGUAUUGCUGUUAUUGCGGCAGUAGCAUCAGUCGCUGGACUGGCGAUCAUCAUCUUAUUAACUGCAGCGGCUAUAUUUUGGAGCCUAAAGAGGAGAAAACGAAAAGGAACCCCGAAAAUAGAUGCGGAAACAAACAAUCAAAACCGGCUAUUGGGGUCAGAAAUACGACAAUUUACUUUGUAA